UUGGAAGGACACGCCAGCACCCCAUCAAUUGGUGGAUGAAGUAGCCAUCUACCCGGUGACUUUGUGCCUAUAUGAAGGACAUUAAAUAAUGAAUUGGCUUUUGAUAGAAUCAGAGGGCAACUGACUCUUUGAUUCUUCUCUCGACUAACGCAAAUCCAGUCAGGAAAUGUUACUGCACCACUGCUAAACCGAUCUGGUUGAGUCUUAUUGACAGUAAGCUGGGCAUGUUGCAAUGGCUCUUAGAAUGAGUUUCUUGAUUUUAACGUUAGUGGUAGGAGCAAGUUAUGUCAUUCUCCUGGUCAUUCUCACGGGUCACUAUAACUCUGCAUUUGGACGGUAUCUUACCAUUGCCCAUCAGCUGAUAAAAUCUAAUGGUACAGACAGUGUGAAGAACAACGUCUCAAACUUGAAGACAGCAAAUACUCUGAGUUCAUACGACAGACAUGACUCCAGGCUUAUUGUUAACUCCCAUGAGUACAAACUCCUCGUAGAUGAACCUCGAGCCUGCUACGAUGCCGCAGGGGCCCCCAGGGAGGUGUUCUUGUUGGUGCUCAUCACAACAAUUCACGCCCACACCGAGCAGAGAGAGGCAGUUCGCGAGAUGUGGGGAAGCCCACGAGAGGUCAGGGGAAAGCAGAUUGUCACACUGUUCCUGUUGGCUCAAAACAAGGAUGCUAAUCUUACGCAUAUGCAGCAGGUGGUGGAAGAGUCCAACAAACAUCACGAUCUCCUCCAGGAAGAUUUCCAAGAUGCCUACAAGAACCUGACCCUCAAGACCAUCAUGGGUAUGAAGUGGGCCAGUACGCACUGCCCCCACGCCUCCUUUGUCAUGAAGACAGAUGAUGACAUAUACGUCAGCUAUGACAACCUGGUCAAGCACCUGACCAACCUAUCAACCCCAUCCAAAAAUUAUGCUGUGGGGUGUCUAAUCAGAGAUGCCCUCCCUUUCCGGGACCCCAAGAGCAAGUGGUACAUGUCAAAGGAAUUGUAUCCUGGACGCAUGUACUCGCCAUACCUCUCUGGAGCAGGAUACGUGGUCACUGGGGAUCUGGCCGGGAAGAUUUACCAAUUGUCUUUGAAACUUCAAUACCUGCACAUCGAGGACGUUUUUGUGGGUGAAUGCUUGAAAUCAUUGAAUAUUAUGCCAAUGGAUAGCAGUCAGUUUACAUGUUGGAAAAAUCCUGGGCAUUCCUAUUGCCGUUUGCAGCAGAUGAUCACCAUUCACGAAUUAGCUCCAUCGGAAAUGCGUAAGAUGUGGAGCGACCAUCAACACCAAAUUAAAUGCUAUAAUGAGACAGACUUAAUUACAUCUUGACUGCUUUGUUUGUUUUACAUCUGUUUGGCUCUGCUCUUGCCAUUAUAGCAAUAGUGUGAAAACUUCAAAUUAGGUUUUGCCCUGCACCGACGUAUAAA